AUGUCUGGUUCCGAUGCCAAAACCCACCAACGUCCGGGACCAUGGCCGCCGGCGUCCUCACCGGACACCAAGGCAAUGCCGCCUUCUUCCUGGGCUAAGAAAACGGGCUUCAAGCCCAAGUUCUCCGGCGAGACCAAUGCCAGAAACUCGGGUCAGAUAAGCUUGCCGCCCAAGCCCAGAGAGCCCGACACUCAGGUUGAUCUCGAAGCGGGUCGGGCUCGGACACUUCCGCCGGCGAACGGUGUGGUCCACCGCGAGAAGGUUCCACCACUUCCACCGUCUAAGGAUCAGGUAGCGAAGAAGCGCAAAGACUCUGAUGGAGUCCCCAAGAGUUCGGUUCCCAGCACCAAUGGCCAGGCUACGGCUGUGCCGGCGGCUGAGCAGCCGUCUCAGCCGCCGCGGAGAACGGCGAGGCACGAGGAAGUAGUGGAUGCGUUGCCGCAGACUGUGGAUGAUGACGGGUUCGUGUCUAGGCAUUCGCAUAUGAAGUAUGAGCUCAGAGAUUCACCUGGUUUAGUUCCCAUUGGUGUAUACGGUAUCCAGCAUUACGUUUCGAUAUUAGGUUCGUUGAUUCUCAUUCCGCUUGUCUUAGUUCCUGCGAUGGGAGGUUCUCAGGAAGAAACUUCUAUGGUGGUAUCAACUGUGCUCUUUGUGUCGGGAAUGACUACACUAUUGCAUACUACUUUUGGGUCCAGGUUGCCCUUGAUUCAGGGCCCUUCUUUUGUUUAUCUGGCUCCGGCUUUGGCGAUCAUCAACUCCCCAGAGUUUCAAGGAUUAAAUGGAAAUAGAUUCAGACAUAUAAUGAAGGAGCUGCAGGGGGCUAUAAUUAUUGGAUCAGCUUUUCAAACUUUACUUGGAUAUACUGGACUUAUGUCUCUGUUGGUAAGGUUGAUCAAUCCCGUGGUUGUAUCCCCGACUAUUGCUGCAGUUGGACUUUCAUUUUACAGUUAUGGUUUUCCACUAGUUGGUACAUGUCUUGAGAUCGGUGCAGUACAGAUAUUAGUGGUUAUUAUUUUUUCCCUUUAUCUUCGUAAGAUAUCUGUUCUUGGACAUCGCAUAUUUCUAGUAUAUGCGGUUCCUUUGGGUUUGGCAAUUACUUGGGCAUUUGCUUUCUUGCUGACUGAAGCUGGAGCCUACAGCUACAAAGGGUGUGACUUAAACAUACCUGCCUCAAAUAUGGUUUCAGAGCACUGUAGAAAGCAUGUUUCAAGGAUGAAGCAUUGUCGAGUUGAUACUUCUCAUGCAUUAAAAUCAUCCCCGUGGUUUAGAUUUCCUUAUCCACUGCAAUGGGGUACUCCUGUCUUCCACUGGAAAACGGCUCUUGUGAUGUGCGUGGUUUCCUUAAUCUCAUCCGUGGAUUCGGUUGGCUCGUAUCAUGCAUCUUCAUUAUUGGUAGCAUCCAGACCUCCAACUCCCGGAGUUCUUAGUCGAGGAAUUGGUUUGGAAGGUCUUUCUAGUGUCUUAGCUGGUCUCUGGGGAACGGGAACUGGGUCUACAACUUUAACAGAAAAUGUUCACACACUUGCGGUGACUAAAAUGGGAAGCCGCAGAGCAGUUCAAUUGGGUGCAUGCUUUCUGAUAGUAUUGUCUCUCGUGGGUAAGGUUGGAGGUUUUGUUGCUUCAAUUCCUGAAGUCAUUGUUGCUGGUCUACUCUGCUUUAUGUGGGCAAUGCUUACGGCAUUGGGCUUGUCAAAUCUACGCUAUAGUGAGGCUGGAAGCUCUCGCAAUAUCAUCAUAGUUGGGUUAUCAUUGUUUUUCUCUCUUUCCAUACCUGCCUACUUUCAACAAUACGGCAUCUCCCCAAAUUCCAAUUUGUCAGUGCCAAGUUAUUUUCAGCCCUACAUCGUGGCUUCUCAUGGGCCUUUCCGAAGCAAAUAUGGAGGGAGAGAAUUUUUUGUAAUGUUGGUUGAGAUGUCAGGUUUUUCUAAAACAUCACUUGUGAAUCUGUUCCUUUCGCAGUUGAACUAUGUGCUGAACACCAUUUUUUCACUACACAUGGUGAUAGCUUUUCUCGUCGCUGUUAUCCUGGAUACUACUGUACCUGGAGGUAAGCAGGAACGGGGGGUAUACAUUUGGUCGGAACCUGAGGUUGCUAGAAGGGAGCCUGCUGUUACUAAUGACUAUGAAUUGCCCUUCAGAGUUGGUCGGAUUUUCAGAUGGGUGAAGUGGGUUGGCCUGUGAAAGACUAUGAGUUUUGUCGGCUGACUAUUUUCAGUCCGCGUCUAGAAUCACGUGUUGUUUUGCUCAAUGAUGGAUAGUAUAGUUGAUCAUGUUACAGAUUUAAUUUGUGUACAUUGAGGUUCUGGAGGGGUCUAUUUGUGUUAAAAUUUAUUAGAUUAGCCAUGUAUCUAGUUUUGAUUCAUUGAAAAUCUCCAGGUGGAGUUUUUUUCCCUUGCUUCAAGGGUGGGCUUUGAGAAAUCAU